AUGGAGUGCCAGGCCGCUGCGUUCGUACGCGCCACCCCAUGCUACCUCAUCUGUGAUGUGGCCUUUAGAGUCUGUAAUGUGGCCCUCAGAGACUGUUACAUGGCCCCUGAGUCUGUGAUGUGGCCCUCAGAAGCCUGUGACGUGGCCCUCAUAACCUGUGAUGAGGCCCUCAUAGCCUGUGACGUGGCCCUCAUAGCCUGUGACGUGGCCCUCAGAGCCUCCUGUGACGUGGCCCUCAUAACCUGUGACUUGGCCCUCAUUGCCUGUUACAUGGCCCUCAGAGCCUGUGAUGUGGCCCUAAGAGCCUGUGACUUGGCCCUCAUAGCCUGUGACUUGGCCCUCAUAGCCUGUGACGUGGCCCUCAUAGCCUGUGACGUGGCCCUCAGAGCCUGUUUCCUAGUAUAUGGUCAUGCGACUUCAGGAACUGGGGAUCGAAUCCCCAACGUUCUGACUGGACCGACUCUUACUGAGCCACAGCAGCUUCACCUCCUGGACUCCUCAUCUUCUUCUCCUGAUGAAGCUCACUCUCCGGCCUCCUCCCUCCUCCACUCCUCUCCUCUCAGUCCCUCCUUCCCCACAGACGCCACACCUGCUCUGAGCCCCUCACACCAGGCCUUCCUCCUCCCUAGCCCGGCCCCCUCCUCCUCCUCCUCUUCCUCUUCCUCUUUCAGCCUCCUCUGUGGAGCCCCGGAGCCUGAAUCUCCAACAGGAUCUAGUUCCAGUGGUGGAGGAAGCGUUGAAGGUGGCUCUGUGGUGUCAGAAGCUUCAGCUCGGUUUUUGGUGUCACAGACGGAUUCGUUUGCAGUGCAGGUGGACUCCAUCCUGAGGGGGGACUACCUGAUGCCACUGGGCUCCUCAGGGCCCAAGAGACUCUGCCUGGUGUGCGGUGACUUUGCAUCCGGGUAUCACUACGGCGUGGCGUCCUGUGAGGCCUGUAAGGCUUUCUUCAAGAGAACCAUACAAGGAAACAUCGAGUACAGCUGUCCGGUGAUGAACGACUGUGAGAUCACCAAGAGGAGGAGGAAAGCCUGUCAGGCCUGCCGCUUCCAGAAAUGUCUCCAAGCCGGGAUGAUGAGGGAGGGUGUUCGAAUGGAUCGGGUCAGAGGAGGGCGACAGAAGUAUAAGAGACGAGCAGAGACUGGUCUUGGUUUUUACGCAAAGACCCCAUACUCUCAUCCCAUCUGCAGCCGGAACAAAGUAAUCUCCCAUCUGCUGCUGACAGAGCCCGCCCCUCUGGCUGCAAAUCAGGACGAAUCGACCAAUGACAGCAGCCUGAGAACACUGCUGACCUUGUGUGACCUCCUGAACCGAGAGCUGCUCGUCCUGAUUGGCUGGGCCAAACAGAUCCCAGGCUUUUCAGCGCUCUCAUUGGUCGAUCAGAUGUCACUGCUGCAGAGCGGCUGGAUGGAAGCGCUGCUGGUGGGCGUGGCCUGGCGGUCUCAGGGGGCUGCGGGGGAGGAGCUCGUGUUUGCAGGGAACCUGCGACUAGGCGAGGCUCAGUGUCGAGCCGCGGGAUUGGCCGAGCUGUACGAGUCUCUGCGUCACCUGACGGUUCGAUACCAGGUGAUGCACCUGAGCCCCGAGGAGGCGGUGACGCUGAAGGCCAUGGCUCUGGCUAACUCUGAUGUGGACCCGCUGGACUGUCCGGACUCGGUGCACAGGUUCCAGGACGAGCUCCAUGAGGCGCUGCAGGAGUACGAGUCGUCCCGCAGAGAGCAGCACCGAGCGGGCCGGCUGCUCAUGAGCCUCCCCCUGCUGAGACAGACAGCGGACCGAGCUGUGCAGGUUCUCCUGAGGCUGCACCGCCAACACUGCGUCCCCCUUCACAAACUGCUGCUGGAGAUGCUCGACGCCAAGUCCUGAACAGGUCAGAUCAAAACCAGGAGGAGCGUCACAAUCCUCAUGGUCUUCAUUAUCAGACGAGGACCAGGACGAUCAGUAUCAAUAAAGAACAAUCAUGAAGGAACUUUUAUCACCCUGGAUCAGCGUCAGGGUCCUGAGAGAAAAGACGGACUCUGAGGCUGCUGACUGAAAAACUCUUUUAUGAACCACUUAUAUUUUUGUAUUUUGUAAAUGUGAUUCUUGUAGCUGCUAUUUCUGUCUAAACUUCCCCAAUGGCAUGAAAGAGCUCUGUACGGAUGCUAAAAGUAGCUUUAAUGCAAGCGUCUUAUCUCCUGGACUGGAGAUAUUUCAGUGCAAAGCUUUUUUUCCCUACUUUGAGUUAAACCAAUGAUAUUAGUUGGCUUUUAACAGAUGUGGCAAACAAAAAUAAGCCAUUCCUUUAUUACUGUAAGAAACAAGGUGCUGAGCUGACCAUGCUAAAGCUAGCAGCUAAUGUUGGCGCUAAUAAAAAUCAGUUUACUUAGGGCAAACUUCAAUCACACAGAUGAUUUAGCUUUACUAAUGUUUGGUUGAGGUUCAUUAGUUUUAUACUUUUUUCUGUCAUAUAAUAAACGUAAAUGUUAGUUGAUAUAUUAGCAUCUUACCUUCCA